AAGUUUAUGUUGUGAUUUCAGUCCUUUAAUGCAUUCCCAGAAUGCCGAACAGUGUCAAAAAGACCGAGGCCACGCGGAGCAAUAGCUCGACGCCCAGGAGGCCGCGGAAGCGAAGGCGCGGUGAGCGCCAGAGCCUGGAUUCGCAGGUGGAUGAAGACGCCAAGGAGAUUGACCGCCGGCUGCGAAAGGUGGCCAGAGAUAACUCCAUCAGCAGCGAGGACAUGCACAAGGUGGUGCGGAGCGUUGUGCGCAAUGAUCACGUCCUGGCCUUGGUCACCCUGAAAGCGGAAGAUGAGCUGGCGCGCGAGAAGAAGCUGGAGCCGGCCGAUCAGCACAAACGGGGAGCCAUCAUUAUUACGGACACUCCGUCUGUUCCAAAGCUGACUCGAGCCAAAGCCAGGGAACUGAACUGCACGUCGGGCAUCGCGCUAGCCCCCCUUAACGAAACGCAAACAGAUGCGGAUGGCAUAGAAGCUCUGAUACGCGAGGACUUGCAUUCCGACGAGGAUGAUGAGGAGUACACCUUCAAAGAGGAUGAUUUUCAUUCCGAUGAUGAUCCCAACACUACGGCCUCGGAUUUCGACUCGAAUCCCUGCACACCACAAACUCCAAUCACUGCGGCCGAAGAAUCGCCGGUUAAAUUUUCCGAAGAUGGUUGCUUCAAGCUACCAUUCGAUAAGAAUGUGAUGGACAAUGAAGACCUCCGUAUAGCCACGAGAACGCGUUCCAAGCUUUGUCUGCAGGAGACUACCAUUGAGGAUUUGCAAUCGGAAUUCGUGCCGCCCGACUUGGAGCCCACCGAUUUGAUGGAAAACGAGAUGACCGCCACCGAUGCGGACUGGUGGCAGUUCCUUAAUGACUUCACAAAGCCCUUAAACAAAACACUUUUGGGCGAUGACGAUGAUCCCAUCAACGAUCCGGAGUACGUGGCCGCUGAUCAUUUGGAUUCUGAGUACGAGAAUGCUGAGGAGCUGCGCGAUGUCAAUAUAUCCAAAAAGGAGUUGACUGAUCUGGUUUCUGAAAUAUUCGCUGGCUUGCUGCAGGAGGGAGUUUCCCUAGAAUCCGUGGAACUUGAGACUCCACAAAAAUUCAUCGAAAGCGCCAAUGUCUCAUUGAAUCCAAUUGAUCAAGUGACUCGGCAAAUCGAUUUCGAUGGUCAGGCUCUGAUAAAUAAUCAUCAGGAGGAGCUGCAGACCUUUCAGUCAAAUGACUUAGCGACACCAUGCAAUGUUGGCAACAUGGGAAUGGAAGUGAUGCCGGUUCCCGUGGCAGUCAUGCAGCAGAGCCAUCUGGAGAUGGGUCCGGGUGGAACGCCCUGUAAAGUGGUGAACAUACCAACCCAUGCUUUGAGUGUGCCUCCCGAACUUAUAGCCGUUCCAAUGCCAGGACAACCUAACUGCUUCCAGCUCGCCAAAGUUGUAAAUAAUGAUUCUACGCUCUUCAAUGCUUCCUUAAUAACUGAUCCAAUCCCGGAUGCCACCUUCGAGCCAAUCCAAGCCCCGACACCAAACAAAAAUAAUGCAGAUCGUUACAAGAAACCAUAUGACACAAACUUCACGUGGGAAUACAUUUCUGUAAAAAAGCAUGUUUACGCCGAGUAUGAAGAACAGUUUGAGAAUCUGCGAUACGUUCAGCCAGUUAACUAUCAUCACCUGACCCGGAGCAGGGGAUUCACUCAAUCCCAGCAUGAUAUGCUACAGCAACAGCUGAGGAUUCACACUCAGUUAUUAACCCAGAGCUAUUUGCAAACCUACUCGCAUCCCACCCUGUACCACAUGGCCGCGAAGCCCAGAGAAAUGCUGGAGGAACUUUAUCAAAAGGCUAACAGAGACGCUAGUUUUAACUGCUGUAACUUGAAAGAAGCCGUCCAAUUGGUCAGGCAGUGGGAGCACGAUCUGUGCAGUAAGGAGUUUGAGGCGGAAAACACGAAGAUGAUGGAGUUCAUCAACAAGGAAACGGAUUUAACCGACGGCCACACGCGACAAGUGCCAAGGCUAGCCCCUCGUAUCAUGGAUCUCAUGCUGGACAGUCGAGUUUUUAUAUAUCCGCAGUACUUGCCACGCAUGGCUUUCCAGCCUAAACUGAAUCAGGUCACAGCCUAUGCCCCAUCCGAGUAUUAUCUCUUUGCCAUGGGUCUGGAGAAGCACAUGACGGCCAUAAGAAAUAUAAAGAGACCUCUGCGAAAGGGCGCCGAUCCUAUACGCAUGGCCUGCAGGCGAAUGGCAAAGGAUACCAUUUGUGGGAAGACACCCCGUCGAAUAUUCAUAAAGAUCACCGAACUUCGCGGACUGGAGCAGUACAAUCCUGUGAAAUAUUUCUUCGAUCACGACCGAGCGCCGCCCAUGAGUAAUAACAUUCUUUGGAGCUUCGAAGGCGGGCUGGUAAAGACGCCUCGAGAACGUUACCAGGAGCUUCCCAGCGGCUGGAAAUAUUACAUUCAGAAAACCUGGGACGAUAAGCCCAGCCGACGCCACUGCAAAGUAGGAAAAGCUUCCUCGGACGCCAGUGCCUCAUAUUUGGAGUUUGUGCGCGAGGCGGUCGGUGAGGAUUUGCCACUGCCCGAGAAUCUAGGCCAGGCUGCGGUUCCCGAUGGCAGCGCCGCUGGUUCGGAGCUACCAAAUGACUGCAACCCGAAGAAAAACGCAGCGAAGAAUAAGUCUCAUGCGAAGGAACAGCCCGCGCACCUCACUAUCAACGUCAAUUAUGUGUUUGGAGGUGGUGCGGACACAGGCAGCCUAAACGCAGUCGCCGGGGUCUCGGUGCCUUUUGUGUCUGGCGGAAGUUUGGCGGACAAUGUACUAAAUAUCAAUCGCAACCUCUACACAAGUGCCGAGUGCAGUGGCCUCUUGGCCUUGCCUCCUCUUCCACCUCCGUUGGAUGACGAUGCUCCGCCAGCCAUAAAUUUCAGGGUAGAUGAGCUAACUCACACGUUGCGGAUCAGCGAAUUAGAACACUCUGUGGAGGACAUACAGCCGGAUCUGUUGCCUUCGGAGGAUAUCAGCGAAAACCUCUCAGGUAGAAGCUCCCAAAGAAGGGCGCGGUACCAGAUUUUUAAGCCAAAGGUUCAAUCCGCCAAUAAAUCGCGUAGGGGAUCAACGCCAAGCCGCAGUCGCUACCACAAAUUGCGUGAACGUUUGCGACAUAAACUUCGCAAGCGUUGCACUUCUCUGAUCACGUCCUACGGAUCCUACCUGAAGAAGCGUAGGGAUAGAUUUAAAAACUGCGCGCCCGUACAUCACGUGCACAGACGUUUUCUGGCCCUCGAACUCUACACCCAACUGCUAGUCGACUUAAGGAUGUUCUGCAGCACCAACAAGCCGCCGACAGCAGCUCAGCCUAAGAGAUCACGAGCCGAUGAUGAGGCGGCCAAGAUCAGGAAGGCAAAUCGUCAGGAGGAGAUAUUACGGCAAAUGUUGCAGCCGGAUUCACCAGAGGAGCGUAAUCGCAAGGAUGCCAUUUUCGCGUUGAAUUUUUACGACAAGGUGGAGGAGGCACUGUUGAAUGCAGAUCGACUGGAGGAUUGCAGGAAGUUUAACAGUCUUUUGCAAAACUUUGAUCCAAAGCUGGAGAAAGUCUCUGAUCUAUAUCUCAAAGUAGAACAGAUCCUGCUGCCGGAUCUCCCCGAGCUGGCUGAGGUCUUCCUCAAUUUUCUGCUACCUGCGGAGGCGGCCGAGAUUGGGAAAUUCUUCCAGCACUUUAUGAUCAGCAAUGCCGCCAACUUUAUCAACAAGCUGAAUAUUUACUUUGGCAAGCAGCCCGCCCAGAUCCGAAAGAUCUAUGCCUGCCUCAGCGAACUGGCGGAGCUGCCGAAUGUGAGCAUGAAAAAGGUUGAGAACAAGAUAAUGCCCUUGCUCAAGGGUAAUCAGUUUUUGUGCGAUUGGUUUGUGCAGCAAUUUCCCCAGGGCAAGCCCCCCAAAAGAAUCCUUUCUCCUGUGGAGACCAUAAACCUGCAUGAUGUGCAGAACAACACCACCGGCGAAUAUACGGAAAUGAUUCAGGAGUUUAUUGAUGCCCCGGCUCCCAGUAAACCAGGUUGCCACAUAAAGUACAUCAAUGGUCGGAUCUUCUACGGUGCCAAGAUUCUUUUGCCUGCCAAGCUUUCUUUUAUGGCCGCCAGUAUAUACAACGAACAAUCCCACGAUAUGCCAUCCGUGUCCAGCGAGUCGCUGACCUGCGCCCAUGGUAUUCGCGCCCAGGGGGAGAAGUUGCUCAGCAUGGCUGCAAAUGCAGAUAGCGACGAUGCUGCGGAUCGAAGCGAGGAGGAUGAUGCCAGUCGCGCCUUGGUUAUUGAUACAACGGGCGAUGAGCAGAAUAGCUGCUCAUCCAUUGAGAUGUGCGACGAGGCGGGUCUGAGGGCCCAUGCAAUUCGAUUAAAUGCCAGUUUAUAUACCAAUUCUAGCUUUAGUAAUGCAGCCACCAGUACGCCCAACGUGGGCCACUCUCACGGUCAUCAUCAUCCAAAUGCCAAGAAAACUGCCAUUAACUUUGGGGAAAUGUCACCGCGCAAGCAGUCGGCGCUUAAUAACUAUGGCUUAAGUCCUCUGCCAGCCAUGGCCAAUAACUCUCCGCAUGUGGACAAGCGGAAGUCGCCCGUCAAGAAGGUGCGAUCCCCUCAAAGCCGCCAACGCGCCAAUAACCAACCGAUGGUGGUUAUCCACGAGUCGAAGCCUUCCUCCUCGCCAGCCAUUGAGUGCGCCAAGCGCUUGCGCACGCUGAUCGAUCAGGAAAGUGCUCGGGAUGCGGCGGACACGAAGGCGGGAAUAAGGAUUAUUGCGCAGGCCAAGCAGCAUGCGCCAACACCAUCACCGCGAAGCAGUCCUGCCGCUGAAACCAAAGUCGAAGUGGAAAGCCAGGAGGAGAAUGGGGAGCCUGCCUUUACACCUCUCAAAAUGGACCUAGAUCAAUCUGAGGAGGAGGAGCUGGAGCCAUUGCGAGUGAGUGGCGGCAAUACGCCGCAGCACGUGAUCACCACACAGUUUGAUAGCGAUGAGGACUGCAAGCUAGAUGUGGUAGCGACGCUGGCCCGGUGCAGUCAAACCGGAGAUCAACCAACGACAGCCUCUGCGGCUAGCACAUCAAAAGACGAGUCUACUAGCUUCCACUCGGCUCCCUUUACCCGGGAAGAGGACAAGGUUAUCCUCAUCGAGAUGAAACUAGGGGCGCGCGAUCGAGAACAGCUUAUCCGGCGAAUAUGCGCCAAGCUACUGCAUCGUAGCAUUGGCGAGAUACGGGGAAGGCAUCAGUUUCUCAUGGAUUUUCUGUCCAAACUGCAGGGAAAGUAAGUGUUUUCUUUACCUGUCUCUUAAUACAAAUUAAACUGAUGGUAAUAACCUAAUUGUACAUAAACCUGGUAAGAAGAUUUAUUAAUUCGUUUAUCUUCAUUUUAUUAUACUUGAAAGUAUUCUUUAAUUUAGUUUAAGCUCAAAAGUGUAUUUUAUAACGAAGGCUUAAGGAAACCCAUAUUUUUUAAGGGACAUACCGUAGUUUCAAUGAAACCUUUCAUCGCCCAACUGAGUUAAAAAGUUGGAAUGUUUGAUUUAUUACUUAAGAAAUUCUAGGUGCUCAGUCACGUAAGUUUGUUCAAUGGAAACAGUGAAAGUAUCGUGUUCACAAAAACUAUUAAAAUCAUUUAAAGUUUCUGAAAAUAAUU